AUGGCUCUUCCAAUUUUCAAACUCAAUCUCCUCCAUCUCUUCUCCAUCUCCCUCUUUCUGUUCACCUCCGCUUCAAUCUCUCACAGCAACUCCAACGAUUUCUGCGAGGCUGGAGCUCUGUACGGCGCAGCCGGAUGUGGAAUUUCGCCGCCGUUGUCGUCGGCGAAGCUGCUGAUCAAGGGAGGAACGGUCGUCAAUGCUCAUCAUCAAGAGGUUGCAGAUGUUUAUGUGCAGGAUGGAGUUAUUGUUACUGUCCGGCCGAAUCUCAAGGUUGGGGAUGAUGUGCAAGUGUUGGAUGCCACAGGGAAGCUCGUCAUGCCAGGGGGGAUUGAUCCUCACACGCACUUAGCUAUGGAGUUCAUGGGUACCGAGACGAUUGAUGACUUUUUCAGCGGCCAAGCUGCAGCAUUAGCAGGUGGAACCACCAUGCAUAUUGACUUUGUUAUACCAGUCAAUGGCAGCUUAACGGCUGGUAUUGAAGCUUAUGAGAGGAAGGCACAUAAGUCUUGCAUGGACUAUGGUUUCCACAUGGCGAUUACCAAGUGGGAUGAAGAUGUUUCCAGGGACAUGGAAAUUAUGGUGAAAGAGAAAGGGAUCAACUCUUUCAAGUUUUUCCUAGCUUAUAAGGGGUCUCUAAUGAUUAGUGAUGAACUGUUAUUGGACGGAUUGAAGCGGUGCAAGUCUCUUGGUGCAUUGGCAAUGGUUCAUGCUGAAAAUGGAGAUGCUGUAUUCGAAGGACAGAAUAGGAUGAUAGAGCUCGGUAUCACUGGUCCUGAGGGACAUGCUCUUUCCAGACCCCCAGUGUUGGAAGCAGAGGCAACUGCCCGAGCCAUUCGUUUAGCAAGUUUUGUGAACACACCACUUUAUGUUGUUCAUGUGAUGAGCAUUGAUGCAAUGGAAGAAAUAGCUAAAGCCCGUAAAUCAGGGCAGAAAGUUGUUGGGGAGCCCGUGGUUUCUGGACUAGUCCUGGAUGACUCAAAGCUUUGGGAUCCAGACUUCAGCAUUGCCUCAAAAUAUGUCAUGAGCCCUCCCAUUAGGGCACCUGGACAUGCUAAGGCCCUGCAAGCUGCACUUUCAACCGGGAUUCUUCAGCUUGUUGGAACGGAUCAUUGCGCAUUUAACUCUACUCAGAAAGCUUUUGGAAUUGAUGAUUUCCGCAAAAUACCAAAUGGUGUUAAUGGUAUUGAGGAGAGAAUGCAUUUGGUGUGGGAUACAAUGGUGGAAACUGGGCAAAUGUCAGUUACUGACUAUGUCAGAAUAACAAGCACUGAAUGUGCCAGGAUCUUCAACAUAUAUCCAAGAAAAGGAGCAAUUCUAGCUGGUUCUGAUGCCGACAUAAUUAUUUUCAAUCCAAAUAGCAGUGUUGGGAUAAGCGCUAGGUCUCACCAUUCCAGAACAGAUACCAAUGUCUACGAGGGCAGGAGGGGCAAGGGAAAGGUUGAAGUGACAAUUGCUGGAGGAAGAGUAGUUUGGAUAAAUGAUGAACUCAAGGUAUCCCCUGGUUCUGGGAAGUACGUAGAAAUGCCUCCUUUCAACUAUCUUUUCAGCGGAGUUGACAAAGCAGAUGAUUCAUAUCUAGCUUCACUUAACGCUCCCGUAAAGCGUUCCAAAUCCACGAGGUGUAGGGGUGAGGUCGAUGGACUCGUCUCCCAAGUCUCCCAAGCUGGAAUUGUGCCUGAGAUCACCCUUCAUCAUCUUCCUCUUGGCCCGAGCUUCCGAGAAGAUGGUGGUGUACGUAGAACGGCUUGGACUAGCACCCCCUUUCGAUUCCCACUCUCCGAAUUGAGGAACGGCCUUCCACCCAUUAUUGCCCUGUCAUGCCAUCCAGAGAUGGUUCUGUGGACUUGA